AUGCCCGCCACACCCGGCGCGAGCAUUGCUGAGAGAGCCGAAGUCCCUGGCGAGCCCGACUUCCCAGAAUACAAAUUUUUCAAGUAUCAGUACAAAGAAGAUUACCAAAAGGUCCUCAUCAAAGGUUUGGUACAAACAUACCUAUCAACUUUUCGAAGCUUAGGCAUCCAGGUUCGUACCAAUCUCAACCAGUAUUCUACCAGGCCAUUCUCUAACUACUUGAAAACAGACCUGGCUCAUGCAUGGGAGUUUAUUAGGAUGGUGAUCAUGCCCUGGGACCUUGAUGCAGAUGUCCAGAUAACAGAGGCCGACAUGUAUUUUCUUGCGGCUUAUCACAACAUGUCAACCUACUACUUCGAGAAUGAUGAGAUACCGGAAGGCAGGUUGUUCUUGCUGGAGAUUAACCCGCAUUAUAAACUUCGAGAAACCAAGGACAGACAGAAUGUCAUCGACGCAAGGUGGAUAGACACAACGUCGGGUCUCUAUAUCGACAUUACCGCCGCGCGCUAUGCCAUCAACCACGAGAAGGGCGAGGGUGUGUUAUUUGACAAGAAUGGUCACGAGUAUCGAGACACUUAUUUAUACCCCUUACGUGACACCACCUUUGAGGGUGUGUCGGUGAAGAUUCCAUAUAGUUACAAGGAAAUGCUGGCGGCCGAGUAUGGAGAGAAGGCCCUGACAAACAAGUUCUUCAAUGACCACACAUACGACGAGAAUCAAGAGCAAUGGGUGUUAGCAGCACAACCUGAUUGGUGA